AUGCAUGCAUUCCCUCUGCAGAGGCAGCUUUGCUUUCUCUUGGGGUCUAUUUUUUUAAAUCACCAAAGACAACCAGGAAGAAAAAAAAAAAAUGUUGCGUUAAAAUUAGAACGGAGAGUCGGCUGCUGAAGCGCUUUAUUUUUUAAAUUUGUUGUUGUUGUUGUUUUUAAAGCCUAAUUCACCUUAAAGAAUCUCAAAAGCAGCCUCGAGGGAAAGAUUUGUGGAUUUUUGUAAUGGAAAGCGGUAGCCUCUAGGGCCCAGAGGAUAUGCAGGGAGGCAUUUUCUCUUGCUGGUGCAGCUGAGAGCGAGCGAGAGAGAGCGAGACCUGGAAAUGAAAGUAAAGAGAGCAGGAGGCACAUGGAGGGAGCUGCAGGGGCAGCCGAUCCAGAAGCAGAAUGCUGCCUUCUAUAAUUAAAUAGCACUUACUAUUAUUAUUACUUCUAGUAAUAAUACAUUAAUAAUAUCUCUAGUAAUACAAUACCAUUUAUCAAGGAAAGUUUAUGCAUAGUGUGGGGGGAAAACCCGAGGAGAGCAACCAUAAUGGAGAGACAGAAGAGAAAACAAGAAAUAGAGAAAGGACUUCAGUUCAUUCAGUCCACAUUACCCCUAAGCCAAGAAGAUUAUGAGGCCUUUUUGCAGAAGCUGGUGAGAAACUUGUUUGCAGAGGGCAAUGAUUUGUUCCGAGAGAAGGAUUUCAAGCUUUCCCUGGUCCAGUACGUAGAAGGGCUAAAUGUGGCGGAUUAUGCAGCCUCUGAUGAGGUGGCCAUCCCAAAGGAACUCCUCUGCAAGCUCCAUGUCAACCGAGCUGCCUGCUACUUUGCCAUGGGGUUGUAUGAGAAGGCACUGGAAGACAGCGAGAAGGCUUUGAGUCUGGACAAGGAGAACAUCCGAGCGCUGUUCCGGAAAGCCCGUUCCUUAAACGAGCUGGGAAGACACAAGGAAGCCUAUGAGUGCAACAGCCGAUGCUUGCUGUCCCUCCCACAUGAUGAAAGUGUUACACAGCUGGGGCAGGAGCUUGCCCAGAAGCUGGGACUGAGGGUUCGAAAAGCAUACAAAAGACCUCAGCAGGAAUUGGAAACAUUCUCACUACUCAGUAAUGGCACGUCAAUCAAUUCAUCAAACCAGACUACUUCCAAUGGAUUGGGCUCAAUAGAUGACAUUGACACAGACUGCUCUAUGGACCUGCAGUGCCUCCCAGCUCCUGUGGCCACCUCCAUCCCUGUGAAUGAGGGGCUGGCCCCUUUGCCUUCUGACUCAGAUGCAAAGGGCUUGCCCACCUCGCUUCCUGCUGCCAGCUUGCUCCCAUCUCCAGACUGUGUACCCUUGCCAGUGCCUGAGAACACAGAGGACUUCACAGAUGGGGAUAUCAUUGGGGAAGAACUAGACUCCCUCCUGGAUUCCCUUGCUGAAGGGUCACCAUACCCUCUAUCUCUGGUCCAGGGCACCAUUCCUACCAACCUGCCAACAGAGAUGCCCCAGUUGAUUCCUGUGUUUCCGGGGGGAACUCCACUGCUGCCUCCAGUUGUGACAGCCAGCAUCCCUGUCUCUACCCCUCUGCCACCUGCCUCCUUUGGCCUGGUGAUGGAUCCCACCAAGCAGCUCUCCUCCUCCUCUGUCCUGGACGCCUUUGAGGCCCCACCAGGAGGAAGUGGCAGCUCCACUUUAGAUUCGCUGGAUUCCCUGGAUCUGCUUCCAUACACAGAUACACGGCUUGAUGCCCUGGAUUCCUUUGGGACAAGCAGGGGGUCGCUGGAUACCUUGGAUUCCUUUGCCAUUGAAGAAACAAGCUCUCAGGAACUGCGCCACCCACCCGGCAGCCAAAAACCAGCCCCAGUGGUGAGUGAGCUACUGCCCCGUGCCGACGUCCCAGGGUGCUCUGGAGCCAAGGUCAGCCUUGGUGGAGUGAAUCACCCAGCUGUGCCCAAGGCCACCGAGCACCUGCUGUCCCAGCCAGAACCAGUAAUGCCCAACACGGCUCUGCUGGUGAAGAACCCCCUGGCAUCUACUCACGUUUUCAAACAGGCCUGUCAUAUCUGCUACCCCAAAACAGGGCCCAAGGCUGGCGAUUACACCUAUCGGGAAGGCUUGGAGCACAAGUGCAAGCGGGACAUCCUGCUGGGCAGGCUGAAGAGCUCAGAAGACAAGACCUGGAAGAGGAUCCGUCCUCGCCCAACCAAAACCAACUUUGUAGGAUCCUAUUACCUGUGCAAAGAUAUGCUUAACAAGCAGGACUGUAAGUACGGGGAUAACUGCACCUUCGCGUACCACCAGGAAGAGAUCGACGUGUGGACGGAGGAGAGGAAGGGGACCCUCAACCGUGACCUCCUCUUUGACCCGCUAGGUGGGAUCAAGCAGAGCAGCCUCACAAUUGCCAAGCUCCUCAAGGAACAUCAGGGCAUCUUCACCUUCCUCUGUGAGAUUUGCUUUGACAGCAAACCCCGGAUUAUCAGCAAAGGGACCAAGGACACGCCAUCUGUCUGCUCCAACCUUUCUGCAAAACACAUUUUCCAUGACAACAAGUGUCUGGUCCACAUUGUGCGUUCCACCUCCCUGAAGUAUUCCAAGAUCCGUCAGUUCCAGGAGCACUUCCAGUUUGACGUGUGCCGACACGAGGUGCGUUACGGCUGCCUGCGUGAGGACAGCUGCCACUUUGCUCACAGUUUCAUUGAGCUCAAGGUCUGGCUGCUGCAGCAAUAUUCAGGAAUGACCCACGAAGAUAUUGUGCAGGAGUCCAAGAAGUACUGGCAGCAGAUGGAGGCACAUGCCAGCAAACCAGCCAACAGCGUGGCUUCUCCCCGGAAUCCCACGUCAAGCACCUUUGACCUCCAGAUGAAAUUUGUGUGUGGCCAGUGCUGGAGGAACGGGCAGCUGGUGGAGCCAGAUAAAGACCUCAAGUACUGUAGUGCCAAAGCCCCCCACUGCUGGACGAAGGAACGCCGUGUCCUGCUGGUGAUGUCCAAAGCUAAGAAGAAGUGGGUGUCAGUCCGACCGCUGCCUUCCAUCCGUAACUUCCCACAGCAAUAUGAUUUGUGUAUCCAUGCACAGAAUGGCAGGAAAUGCCAGUAUGUGGGCAACUGCUCCUUUGCCCACAGCCCUGAGGAGAGAGACAUGUGGACCUUCAUGAAGGAAAAUAAAAUCCUAGAUAUGCAGCAGACCUAUGACAUGUGGCUAAAGAAACACAAUCCUGGGAAGCCUGGAGAGGGAACACCACUCACCUCGCGAGAAGGGGAGAAACAGAUCCAGAUGCCCACUGACUAUGCAGACAUCAUGAUGGGCUACCACUGUUGGCUCUGUGGGAAAAACAGCAACAGCAAGAAGCAAUGGCAGCAGCACAUCCAGUCGGAGAAGCACAAGGAGAAGGUCUUCACCUCAGACAGUGACUCCAGCUGCUGGAGCUACCGCUUCCCCAUGGGCGAAUUCCGGCUCUGCGAGAGGUUCCAGAAGAACAAGACCUGUCCUGAGGGAGAGGAGUGCCGCUAUGCCCACGGGCAGGACGAGCUGACGGAGUGGCUAGACCGGAGGGAAGUGCUGAAACAGAAACUGGCCAAAGCUCGCAAGGACAUGCUGCUCUGCCCCAGGGAUGACGACUUCGGGAAAUACAACUUCCUAUUGCGGGAUGACGUAUAGUGUGAGCUGGGGGGAGUCUGUCAGCUGCAGGAACACGGGGUGGGCUUUCUGAAUGGCAGGAGCAGGGAGAGCGAGAUCUCUGUCUCGCAGAGAACUUUUUCUUUUCUUUUGUUUUAAGAUUAUGAGACAAUGAUUUAUUAGUGAAAGAAUUUGUGAAUUUGAUUCUCGUUGGCCAGCGACGCCACGCUCACUGAGUUUGUGAGCCAUCUUCUCUCUCUUCUUUCUCCCAAAUUCUCCUUCCACUUCAUCUUUUUGUUUUCACUGUCCUUCAUUCAAAGGAAUUAGUUCAGUCUGUACUGGGCUGCAAAUCAGAGAAUUUCUCUUUGUGUCAUUCUUCUGUCUUUCAAUUCAGAGUAUGACUGCAGAGGUCUGGAGGACAAAGCCGAGAGAGAGGGACAGAAAAGUUGUGGAUGCCCCAUCCCUGAUACUGUUCAAGACCAGGUUGGAUAGAGCUCUUAGCAAUGUGGUCUAGUGGGAGGUGUCCUUCUAAAUGACAGGGGGAUUGAAACUAAAUGAUCUUAUGGUCCCUUCCAGCCCAGACUGUUCUAUGAUUUUAUGAAAUCUGGUUAAAAGGUGACCAUGAAUUCUAUCUGUUCCUUUUCUCAGUGCUGCAGACUAAGCACCACUUACUCUGCUGCAGCCCUCCUGCUCUUCUGGGAGUUCAGUACCAGAAGGAGUUGUGGUGCAAAGAAGGAAAACCACUAGAUUUGGCUUAAGAGAGCUAGGCUUAUGCUCUAGCUGUCUGUAUUGCCCUGAGGCAGCAACUGGUGCUGAGGAGGAUAACAGCUGUGUGGUAUAAGGAGUGCAAGGUAAAAGCAGCAAAGUAAUGAAACUGCUUGCAGCAGCAGGAACCAGGUUGUAGGUGACUGUAAUCAGAAAGGAAGUUGAUGACCUCUCAUUAGAUGUCUUUUUCAGUAUGUGGCAGGUGUUCAGGACAGAUAGCUUGGGUUUGGUUUUUUGGCUGGUGUGACUGGUGCAAGUAAAACAGAACCCAUCUAGGAGGUGUAGUGGAAUCUGUGACACACAGUGUGUCACUGAAUCCACACAGCAGUAUCAGUCGGGAGGGAGGUGGUCACCAAAAGGAGCCUGUGUUUCUGUGUUGCUUUUUGUCCUGAAGAGAGGGAGGGAGGGAGGUAAUGGUGUUCUUUCUUACAGUUAAAUGGCAUGUGUUUCUGGUUACUCAGAGCUGCAUUUUUCCCUGCACUGCCAGAAGAACUGGGUGGGGACCCAUUUGAAAGGACACCAUUGCGCAGCACAGGAAACGUUAAGCUAAUGGGAAUCCAGCUGGAAGUGCUUACCAGUACCAGAGGUCCAGCCCCCUCCUCCUCAGAGCCAGAGCAGGGAGCUUGUGCAUGCACAGUGCAACCAGGAUGUGACCCAGAGCAGGGACAGUGGUGAAGAAGGAAUGGCACACUGGGACUCAGCCAUGGCCUGCUCUUGUGCUGCCUGAUGUGUGCUUUGAUGAGUAACCACUAAUGCUGAACUCUGGGACACAAGUCUUGCUUUUAGAAAGGGCAGCAGUAAGAAGUGGUACUGCUCUGCAUGCCUGCCUUGUCCUUUCUGUCAGUCUCAUCCUGUAAGCAGUAAACGUGUUCCCUGUUCUGAGCCUCCCUCUCCUUCUCUCUUCUGCAGUCCAGCUGUGCUCUGCAGUUUUGCAUGCAUGGAUGGCACCAUCCAGUCAAACACAAACACAUCUCCCUCCCAGCCUUCGUCAGGGAUGCCUUUUUCAUACAGGUUCUCCUGGGACAGCAGUCUCAGAGCCCUUGGGGCUGGUAGGGCUGUAUCCAUGGUAAAUACAAUCUGGCCAUGAACUGCUUGGUGUCUUGGCAUUGCUGCAUCCUCCCAUUCCUCUCUGCUCCCAUAUCCUUGGGGUUCAGAGCUUCAGGAGAGAUGGGAUGUGGAAAUCGGGAGAUGGGGAGAUGGUGUGGGGCAGCUGUCACCUUUCUGAACCAGCCUUCAGGAGGGUGCUUCAGCUCCACUGGGAUAGUUAGGCUCCAGUUAUGCAGCAGAGUGCUGGAAUCUUUCCAGAGACACAGUGUGCUCUAAGUAAACUGAAUGCAUUCUGCACUUAGAAUCAUUAAGUUGAGAAAGAUCUCAAAGAUCAUCAAGACCAGUUGUUAACCUGGCACUGCCAAGUCCCAGACUAAACCGUGUCCCAAAGUGCCACAACUACAUGUAUUUUUAAAUACCUCUGGGGAUGGGGACUCGGCCUCUUUCCUGGGCAACUUAACCACUUUUCUGCUGAGCUUUUUUUCCUCUCCCUUAAAAUAUGGAUGGUAGUCUCUGGUUUGCUAUGAGUAAUAUCAGACAUGGCAGUUUUUGAGUGGUCAGGUGCUGUAAUUUCUCCUCUGUUCUUUGUGGUAGCUAUGGUACCUUCUCCUGGUCAUCCUUGUGCUCAAGUGGUCAACUUUAGAGAUGGGAGGAGACAGGCAUCAGCUCCUGGGUUAUCUUGUUCUGCUUUUCUUGGGCAGAGAUGCCAAGGAAGGAAAUCUGGAUUGGGGGACACUGGAAUGUGUUUUUUAUUUUUAAAACAAACCUGCAUCUCUAGUGUGACUCUAGCGUUCGCUGAGCCGUGAUUUCUCAUGUAACCUAAACAAGAGUGGGUCACUGUCCCUUCUCCCCAUCUCUGCAAUGACAGCUGAGCUCCUCAGUGGGGCUUCAGAGGUUUGGGCUGGGGCCGAGAUGGGGAGAGGGUGAGGUGAGGUGAGGUGAGGGAGGCCCACGGUCAUGGGGGUUGCAUCAAGUGUCUCUUUGUUUUCCCUGAUAUGAUAACCUGGUCUGUGGUGUUGCAGUACUUCGUCACCAGACUUGUUUUAGUGUGUAUAUAUGUGACCCUUGCCAUGAAGCAUAUAUACACAGGUAUUAAAUAUAUCGCUCUAUAUAAUAUUAUAUGUGUGUGGUAUCGAAGGAAUCUUUUAAAUGAGGGUAAAGGAAAAGGACUCAGGCCAGGAAACGCAGCAUCUCCAGUUUAAUUAUGAAGCCUUGUAUUUGGGAUAGGGAAAGAGAAAUAAGAAAAGAGGGGACGGUUUUAUAUAGAUAGGUAUAAACUUUGAGAUGGGACAGGUUUCCCUGUUCACAUUUUUGAAACCCUUUAGGAUGUCCUUGCAGUCCCAUCUCAGUGAGAGUAUUAUACUGCUAACUAGUGAGUAAAGUUUUAAUAUAAGGCUUUGCUUAUAUUAUUUAAAGGGACAUUGUGAUAGGCAGAAGUUUCACACUUGACUUCCCAGGCUUGCUUUGUCAGGCCAAGAGGGUUUUCUUCAACACAUUAUGUGCUCUCAGCAGAAGUGCUCAGUGCUCACAGCUCUACAGCAGAUAAACCACAAGUUGUAGAGGCUGCUUUAGUGGUGUGUUCACAAGACCCUGUGAUAACUCUUCUUUAUUUGUGUGAGAGAAGAAGAAGAAAAUUCUGCAGCACAGAACCAAAUUUUAGGGUUUUUCACAAAGAAAGUGAUAUUUUAAUUUUAUAACAUUAGAAGAAAAUCUCAUAUACUGUAAAAUAACCACAGACAUUCACACAGAGCAGAAACUUACUAAAUGCUGAAGGACUUAGUGAAAAUCUUUUCCCAAAUUCUUUGGUAGGGGCAGAGAUUAAGGUGACACUGGCAUUGGAGUUAACCAGGCCUUUACAGGGAGAAGUAGAAAAAAAAACCCAACAAAACAACAACCAACAAAAAAUACCCUACUUAGCUUGUAUGAAACUGUAUGUCAAAAAUUAAUGGGUUUUAGCAAGUGAAAGGAAAAGAUAGCAAGGGGAUGCUGCAGUUCUGAGCUUGGUAGUAAUGAUAUUGAGUCCUUUAAUAUGUCUUCAUAUUAAUAUAAUUUAAGAAUACCACGCUUUACUAUUAAAAAGAACUUAGUAUCUUUCAUAAGGUCUAGUAUCAGGAUAAAUAUGUAGAUGUUUUAACAACAUUUUUGUUUUUGUUCUUAAAUAAAGAAACAAAAAACCAAACUUGCUUCUUUUAGCCUUUGUAAUAGAAAAUAAAGGUGUGCACUUUAAACCCUCUCCUGA